GGGCCUAAUUUCAGCAAGAGGGCUCUUUGUGUUUCCUUGCUGUCCAACUCCAACUACAAAAGUCUGUUUGGCGCCACAAAGCGUCACUUCCCUUCACUGCUCCACACUCAUCUCCUUUCACUCCACAAUUGCAGUCUUCGAGGGCACCUAGCAGCCAGCAAAUCACCACAAAGAUCCAACGACGCUACACAUCGGUGGUAGCAGCAGCAGAAGAAAAAGAUGGCAGACGUCAGCUCGCCGAUGGACAUAGACCACAACGGCGAGAAGCCGAACAAACCCAACUCGUCAUCCAAAGGCAAAACCGUCGUCGUCGACGGCACUCCUCCUGCCCAUCCCAAGUCUACACCCUGGGUCGAGAAGUACCGCCCUCAAUCACUCGACGAUGUCGCCGCUCACCGUGACAUUAUCGACACGAUUGAAAGGUUGACGAACGAGAAGAAAUUGCCGCAUCUAUUGUUGUAUGGACCUCCUGGUACGGGGAAAACGUCGACAAUACUUGCUGUGGCGCGGAAGCUCUACGGCUCUGAAUACCGUAAGAUGAUUCUUGAGCUGAAUGCGUCGGAUGAUAGAGGAAUUGAUGUUGUGCGGCAGCAGAUACAAGACUUUGCUAGCAGUCAGAGCUUCUCAUUCGGUAGGGCAUCUGUGAAGUUGGUUUUACUCGAUGAGGCUGAUGCCAUGACUAAGGAUGCACAGUUCGCCUUGCGCAGAGUGAUUGAAAAAUACACAAAGAGUACUCGGUUUGCACUCAUCUGUAACCAUGUUAACAAGAUUAUUCCGGCACUACAAUCUCGAUGCACACGAUUUCGAUUUGCUCCACUCGAUCCUGUUCAUGUCACUGGACGAGUGAGACACGUCAUAGAGUCUGAACGGCUUGAUGUGACUGAAACUGGCUUAGCAGCACUUGUACGGCUUAGCAGCGGUGACAUGAGAAAGGCUUUGAACAUUUUGCAGGUUUGGAAUUUUAUAUUGGUGCAGGCUACACAUAUGGCCUCACAGCACAUUACAGAAGAAGCUGUGUACCUCUGCACCGGAAAUCCAUUGCCUAAAGACAUUGAACAAAUAUGUUUCUGGCUUCUCAACGAGCCGUUUUCAGAUGGUUUCAAACAUAUUGCUGAAAUGAAGAACCGAAAAGGAUUGGCUAUGGUGGAUAUAGUAAGAGAAGUAACAAUGUUUGUUUUCAGGAUCAAGAUGCCAUCAGAUGUACGGGUCAAGUUGAUCAAUGAUAUGGCUGACAUAGAGUACCGGUUGACUUUCGGGUGCAAUGACAAGUUGCAGCUUGGCUCCCUUAUUGCUUCUUUCACCGGAGCGCGAUCUGCUCUAGUUGCCGUGGCAAAGUAGAAUGCCAUUGUUUAACCUUUCCCCAGGCGUCGCCCCUGGGUGAAAAUCUGCUUCUGGAGGUCAAACAAGUAUUGAAUGUAGAUUGUAGAGCAGCUGAAUGAAGCCCUACUGUAAACUAGUUGGUAUGUUUUCCUUUUUUUAUCCUGGACUGAUUCGAGAAAUAGUACUGGCUAGGAGUUCCAUCUGCUAAUCACGAACACGAUAAACAAAGAUCGAUGUUGAAUCUUGGUUACUCUAAUAUAUUCAGGUUUUCUCCUCUUAUGAGCUUUCAUCCUGUACAGAUAAGUUUUCAUUUACAUAAACAAUACACCGCUCGCAAGAUCAAUUCGUGACUUGCCGGGCGCACUCCUUUAUGAGAGUAAAACCUACCCCUUACAAAAUGUACCGAUUGAUUCUAAGCUGCAACUUACAAAAUACUGAAUAAAUACAUCUGUACAUCAUAUUGCCCAACAAAAAUGCUUUACAUGCGGUGCUGUAGAAUAUUUAUGUCUCAUUUCCCUCCUUGUAGCUAUGGUGGUUUUUAUUCCGAGGUCGUGUUUGCCCAAACAAUCUCAAUUUCAAGUGUUAUGGAAGUGUCGUCUUUGGUGGCAUCGUUAGUGAGGGUCACAACUCCAUUGUACAUUCCGUCUGUUACCACUCUAUCGAUUCGGACACUUACUCUUCCUAGCGUUGUCUUGCCAAAUGUGCCCUUGCUUUUGCAGACAAUGCUGAGCUGCUGUCCUCUAGGCGCUACGUCAAAUGGCCAUGUGAAAGACUCAUUCCAUUCUGGCGAGCUAUUGUUGCUUACCACCUUGGUUUGCCUUUGAGGGCUGUUGCCGAUAGUCAACUGACAUAAAGCAUUCGCCUGCUUCAAGUUGUUCCCGCGCUUGAUGGUGACUGUCAAACAUCCGGGCAGACAGCGCAACAGUGCAUCUGCUUUGUCGUAGGUACCCGGCGGACAGGCUUUCGACAGGCUUUGCAGGACGGGCACAGCUUCAGCAGUCAUCAUCGCCUGAGACUUGGCUAUAUCUACGGGCAUGGCCGACCACGAAUCCUUCAAUACGCACAGUGUGUCCAAUGCACACAUUUGAGCCGCCUCAUUGUCGGACUUGAGAGCAGUUACCAAAUGGGGGAUGCAUAACGUUGCUGCUUCCGAAGCGUGGAGCUUAGCAAAGUUGGUGAACACGACGUUUAUGGCUCUCAGUAUCCGAAUGUUCAUAGUUGCUGCGGACAAGAACUCCCUCUCCAGUGCAGCUGUCAACGAUCUGACGAGCUCAGUGGAAACGUAUUCCUGAAGCGACUGAUUCGAAAACAUAAGCUUAAUCAGCACGGCUGCCUGCGCUGCCACAUCAGCACUAGGCGAUAUCAGCAGUUCCUGGAUCACCAAUAUCCCGCCGGCUUCCGCCACCGCUCGCCGAUUCGUUCGACUAUGCAUCACAAAAUUCUGCAGCGCACAAACAGCCACCAUCGUCAUCUCCUCUGACGGCUGAUCUUCCAGCAAGCUGACCAGCGCUCGACAAGCCGACACCGAAUCGCUCGAUCUCGCGUGACCUUCUUGCUGCGACAGAUCUCCGAGCGCCAGAGCAGCAAGCAGCUUGCAGGUCUCCGACGUCGUUUGCGGAUCCAGCAGGUACUGCGCUAGAGGUGCGAUCGCGAACUUCGUAAUCUUCAUUUCUCGAACCCUAACCUUGUUAAACAGAGCUUCAAGCAACCUCCCGGAGAUCUCUUCACAGUGAUGAGAUCUCAACAGAUCUAACAGCGCAUCGACAACUCCAGCUUCCACCAUUUGCUCAGCGCUCGACUCAUCGGCUCGAUCGCGAACGAGCAAUGCGUUGAGCGCAACCUUAAUCGUGCUGUCGAAUGUUGACUGCAACAUUCGAGCUAGAACGAGGAGAGGGACUCUAUUGUAGUACUCGACGUUGAACCGGAGAAUAUUUGAGAGCGUUAGAGCUGCCGCUUCCCAUAGCUCGAGAGAUGGUUCGGGAUCGUCUUGGACGAUCAAUUUGGAGAUCUCAUGAAUUCCUCCUGCAUCAGCGACUUCCUGUGGCCAGGUGGUUGAGAUUUUCUCCAAUGCUGCCACCGCCGUCUGCUGGAGUGUCAGGAUUCCGAUUCCGGCAAGCCUCACGAGUGGCACGACUGCGUUCUUCGUCAUGAUAUCUUGCUGGAAGUGUUCCUGUGCCAAGAGAUGGGAGAGAAGCUGGGUGCCGACAUGUUGAAGCUCUUGAGUUGAUGAUUGAAGGAAGGAGAUCAGUGGCUCGAUUGUCUGGCUUGGUGUGAGUCUUAAUGUGGUAAGGCAUUGCGGUUUUUCCAAGAUAUUGACGAGUGCGUUUAAGGCGCUGUUCUGUCCCUGUGAGCCGAAAUCUGGCUGAAGCAAGAGAUCGAAGAGUGGCUCAACGAUCUUUGCGGCUUCUGGACUCCUUGCUAUGGCGCUACUGUUGGUCAGUAUGCGGAACAAUUCAGCAAUUGCAGCGCAACAUGGCAUUGAUGCGCGCGGAAGAAUUUCGAGACACUUUUCCAAGAUUCCUGCUCUCACCAUGUCCUGUUUUCGGUGAACUCGAUCUUUCCCCAGCUUUAUCAGCACUGAUACACUUCCUUCAACGAGUCGAUACUCUGUGCCAGAAACAAGGCUGAUGAGAAGGUCCAAUACCUCAUCAUUUGUUGAAACAUGCUCCACAAGUUGGUCGUCUUCAAGUAGCUUCUCGAAUGCCCAAACUGCGGACUCUAUAGCCGAAACUGAUGGAGAUUGGAUGAGAGAUACAAGUGGUUCAAUGCACUGGUGAGCAAUUGGAGUUUCUCUGAACUUUGUAUUGCUAAAGAGUACAUAGCAAACCAGUGCAGCACUUCCUUUUAGCUCUGGAGAUGAAGAAGAAGUGGAGAGUAUUCUAUACAUGGUCUCUAAUGCAUUACCAUCUACGUCGAUGAAUAGAGCAGCUUUUGAAGCGUUGUUCCCCGAGGUAAGCUUGAUCAAGGUGGAAAGUAUAGAUUGUUGCUCGUUUUCUGAUUCAGCAACGUUGACCAUGUCGAUCAAGGGCUGAAUAGCUUGUCUUGCUAGGUCACAUGUCUUAAUCUUCUCAGAAUUGAAGAGCUCGUGGAGAGCCCUGGCAGCACUGAAUCGAGCAUCUCUACAACCUAGGCGAAGGACAGCAACGAGAUGGUUCAAACAACUGAGUGCCACUUCAUGUCGUAUGAGAUCUGUUUUCUUGAAAAGUACCCUCAAAAGGUCGGAUAUAGAAGCCUCAUUCGAGUCCCUAUGGUUUAAUGAGAGGUACUUGGUUAAUGACUCUAAAGCACCAGCUUCAGUCAUGAUCAACUUGUUUGUAUCACUUCCCUCGGCAAUGCGAUACAGAAGCUCUACAGCAAUUGGAAGGGCACCAAGUCUAUUAGAAAUGGGACACAGGAGAUCCACCAACAAAGGGAUAGCCUUAUGAGCAGUUGGCCCCCCACCACUUACGUCUUCUUCCUCAAAGAGGCGUUGCAAUGCAAGAUGAGCUGGGUUUUUCUCUAGAGAGAACUCUUCUGAAAGUGUGGCUAAAUUUGGCAUCUCACAUUCAUCAGAGCCAACUAAUGGGAUUAAUCCAGUAAUGGCACCAGAGUUAGCGAUAGAGAUGCUUAUUCCUUUGGUUCCAUUGCAAGCGAGACUCGCAAGUGCUUGGGAUGCGAAGAAUCUCUCGAUUAUUUUGUCGGACCUCAGCAGGUAAGAAAGAGAAGCACAAAUGAGUAAUGCCGUCCCGCCCGCUCUCACUUCUGAGCUCGACGAGUUUGUUAUUCUGCCGGCCAAAGUAGCAACUGAACUCGAUCUAGCAAUCAACAGAUCGCCCAACAGAACAGGUUGCUCACCACAAAGUCUGGACAAUAUCUCGAUUGCCUUAUCUUGAACCACAGGAGACCCCUUCGCCAAACAAUAAACUAGAGGCUCUAAGCUUGAUGGAACUUCAACUAGCGCAGCCCAUGGUUGGUAUUCUAAGUUUGCACCUUGCUUCGUCCUUGUCAAGAGUGAAACCACUUCUAAACCAUCAGUCACAUCAGUCCCACUCUUCUCCAUUGAGUUUAGUGACUCGAGCACCGAUACAACCACAAAACGACACUGAGCACUCCCACUAAUCACCUCACUUACAGGGAAAUGCUUCAGAAGUUGAUGAAGUGCCUGAGAUGCACUCUUCUUCCCUUGUAAACUCCCUUCCCCAAGAACUCUUGUCAAACCUGAAACAACAUCUUCCACUAAUGCUUCGGCAGCAAGAUGAGGGUCGGAGAGAAUAUUUGCCAGUGCAGCAACUGCGGAUUCUGCACUCUCCAUCGGAGAAGUUUUGGCUAAGUCAAUGAGAGGCAUGACAUCUGUUUGCGUGAUGUGAGCCAUUUUCUUGCUCGACUUGGUCUUCUUUGGACGAGACAAUGCAGCUAAUGCUUGUGCUAGUUGUUUCACGACAGACUCUGUGUUGUUCCCAUUUAAGAUCUUCUUGCAGGGAUCCACAAUCUCACUAGUCGAAAAGCUGUGGCAGAUAUCUUGUCGUGUGGUGAAUAGGUCAGCAAGAAUAUAUGCAGCAUACUCUCGUGUUUCUCGAUUUGGAGAGGUAAGAACCUGAACAAGAGAUCUUACGGCUUUACUAGCAGGAGAUUCUAAAUUCCCAAUAUCCUUCUCUGAUGCUAAUGUGAGCACAUGGCCCAGAACCUUGAUGAUGUGAGACUUCGAAUCUAUGGACUCGUCAUCUAGCAUUGGUAAUAGUAGAUUGAUCGUGGAAGAAUCUGCGCUUCUAACAAGCCUUAAAAGAGCCAUAGUGGAGGUUUCUUGAGCUUUUGGUCCACCAGUUUUAAGUAGCCAUAUGAAAGCUGGGAUGGCUCCUGCACUUUCAAUGCAUUCAUGAAUAUCCUCACUAUGACAACACAAGUUCCAGAGGACAAGAGCUGCGUCUUCCUUGGCCUUCUGGGUUCCAAUAUCUAGUAACUGUACCAGUGGUGGAAUCCCACCAGCAGCUGUUAUAGCCCACUUGCUCUCAUCCUCUUGUUCAGUCAGGAUUACCAGCAGUUCAACUGCACACUCCUGAUGUUGUUCGCUAGAUAACCCGAGUAACGAGAUGAGCAUCUGAAUUCCUCCUCUCUUUCCAAUCGAUUCCCAUAUGCCCAUCUUGUUACGACAUAGCUUGAUUAGAGAAGAUAUCAGAGAUUCUUGCUCAUCCCCCGUCGUAGCCAUUAUCACAAGUAAGGUGAGGAUUUUCUUCGCAUCUGCAUUAUUCAACCAUUUUUUGAGGUGGACAUUGCCAUAUAGGCUAGCCAUUGCUUUGAGAACACGCUCUUGGAAUAACUUAGUGUCACGAGGCUUCAAUAGUUUGAUCAGUAUGUCCUCUACCUUUGUUGCAUCAAAGGGUUCCUCUUCAUCUGAAGUAUUAGACUCAUUCUCAUAGAUCAUCAAAGCAUAAGCAAGGGCUCCAAGUAUAUCAGCAACUGGUGCAGAUAGUCGAGGCGACUGUGAGAGUUUUCCCAGAUGUAGCAGUAAAGCUUGCAUCCCACCGUAGAUAUUCGCUAGAGCUCGUGUCGCAUGGGUCUGUAAGGCAUGCAGAAUGGAAUCCUCUUGCAUACCAUCUUUUGAUGCUGGAGCAACUAUAGAAGCAAUGAGAAUAUUUACACCAUUUGCAUCCACAACAUCCUUUCUAACAUCUUCAGACUUUGCGGUUAGAGCGUCCAAGGCCUCGGCAGCACUAGCAUUCACAGAUAUAUCAUUUUUCUGUUCCAACAUUUUCAGCAGAGUUUUAACUAUUCCAACAUCAAUGAAUUUCUCGAUAAUGUCGCUAAAAGUUAGCAUCAAGCUUGCCAAGAGAGAAGCAGCAUUUGAUUGUGCAAAGCUGUUAUCAGAAGACAGAAGUUUGAUGAUGAUUUUCGCUCCUCCAUCCUCGAGUAUCGUUCUCCAACACGAGUCUUUGAUGCUGGAAAGAUUUCUCAGUGCUCCGACCACAAACCCUUGUACCACUCUGUCUUGUUUGUUCUUCGGAUCGAGCUGGUCCCAUAGAGUUGGCACCACACUCUCUGUCAAGAAAAUUUUCAUGCCAAUGUGAUCGUCUGAAGGCCAACCCGAGGAGACUUCAUAUAUGGAUUCCGCUGCAGCCUUCCUCGCUUCAGGUGAUUCUGAUUUCAGAAGCGAUAGCAACGGCGGGAUGCACCCACCAAGCAGUACCUUGACCCUCAAGUCAUCAUCUUUUGACAUAACACUCAGUGUUGCAGCUACAUUCAGCUUGGCACCGUCAGUACCGUUUCGCAGAAUCGAUACGAACAAUGGCAUCGCUUGAGCGUGCGAACCAAUGACGGUCCUUGCCUCCUUCUGCGCUUUGGCGAUUCCGAGGACUCGCGCAGUAAUGAGUUCCUUUUCAUGGUGAGAAGACACUUUGGCGUGCAGUUUCUCAAUGAAGGCCUUCACAAUUGGCGAGCGAAAGGGGAAAUAAGAUAUGAGAGAAGAAGAUAUCUGAAAGAGGUUGUCCAUAGACAGUAGAGAAAAGCUGGAGGAUGAAUCAAUGGCGGGUUACAGAAGAUAUCAGUCUGACUCGCUCAUUUUGCUUUCCCUUUUCUUUCAAUUCAUUUUUUUUUUC